UGAUGCGGUGCACACUCCGGUAAUGCUGCUCUCCGUAGUCUUGUCGUUUCCUUGUCUUGCCCUUAUCCCGCUUCAUCGUUGACGGCGACUGUCCGCCGCACCUCCAUUGACUCGAUGAGGGUCCCUCUCGUUGCUUGCGGCAUGCUGCUCGCCCUGGCAACGACUGCCGAAGCAUCACCUAACAGAGGUGGGGUAGGGUCCCACGAAAGCAUCUGCCGUCAUGUGCAUGACCUGACUCACCCACGUUUUGUGUCUUUGUUUGGUGUGUUGGUUGGUCGUGUGCUGCUGUGCUGCCUCCAGAGGAGGCAGAGGAAAGGGACAGGUGCUGCGUCGACUGCCAGCUGUUCGACCUGCAGUGCUGGGCCUGCCAUAUCUUGGACAUCUUCGAUCGGACCUGCAGCGGGGAUGAGUGGGCUACUGAGGGGAGCUUGGACGAGGCGGCCUUCAUGGCGGCAUCGGCCGAAGCUGAUGUCCACGCUUUGGCCACUCAAUCCGUCCUCUCGGUCAUGGACUCGCCUUCCAUCCCGGACUGGUCAGCCUAUGUCGUGACGCUGUCUGUGGAUAAGUCGGGCCGUCUGCGGUAUGCUGUGGAUUCACGCGACCCUUCUGCUCCGGUCAUGCUGCCUUCAGCUCUCGGCAUCUCGGUGGACGGCCAUGAUCUGGGCGUUGAUGUGGAGCUGGUCGACAAGGAGGAGCGGCCAGUGGAGGAGAGCUAUGUGACACGUGGCAAGCACAACUUGGCUGAGGCCAAGUACAACGAUGUCUCGUUCACGUUUCGCCAUCGUCCGUCGGAUCGUCUCUGGCACCUCGACUUCCGCCUCUUCCCUGACGGGCUUGCCUUCCGCUACUCUCUGCCCGCCACAGAUGCGGCAAGUCAAUCGACGGUCAAUGGUGAGGCGUCGCAUUUCUCCUUCCGCUUCAUGGACGACGACGACGCGCCCACCGACGACCACCACCACGCUUGGUUUUUCCAACGUGACAGACUCAGCAACUAUGAGCUGAGGACAUAUGCUGGCGUCUUUCAGAGUGCCCCUGCCAGCUCCCUUGCCUCUCGACCGAAGGGCAACGGCCCGCCGAACAGAUAUGGUGCCCCGCUGCUGUUCCACGAUGUCUCAGAGGCUGGCGCUUUCCCCUAUCGGCUGCUGACGGAAGCUGCUCUGUACGAGUACCCAGGGAUGCGCUUUCUCGCCCUUCCAGACGGCAGGACAUUCGCCGCCGACCUGGCCGACGAAGAAGUCACUCUAUCGCUGCCCUUCAAAAGUCCGUGGCGCGUCAUCUUGCUUGCCCGCACGCUCGACGACCUGAUCAACAACAACGUCAUCACGUCGCUGAACCCGCCCCCCGACCCCGCCCUUUUCCCCUCUCCCCCGCUCUACGCGAGGCCCGGCCGCUCCGUGUGGCGGUGGUGGCGCCACGGGACAGGCACGCCAGUCCAGGAGAUUCAGUACAUUGACAAAGCGGCUGAGCUCGGCUUCGAGUAUACGACCAUCGACGAAGGCUGGGCUGACUGGCCGGACAAGUGGGCAACGAUGGAGGAUAUGUGCGAAUAUGGGCGGGAGAAGGGCGUCGGGGUCGUGCUGUGGAAGGACUGUGCUGAGGUGGAGAACCCGGAGAAUGACUACAAUGACCUUCGGAAGUUCCUCGACAAUGUCAAGGCCACGGGAGCAGUGGGCGUCAAGUUCGACUUCUUCAACAGGUAGGGAAGAUCGCACAUCUAGGACAAUGCCUAUUGAUGAUCGCGAGAGUGAUCAUUUCUGUGUUCCGUUUUGCAGUGAGAGCAUUUUUCGAGUCCGUCUGCAAACGAAAAUCCUCACAGAGGCCGCAAAGCGGUGAGUAAAAACAAGCAUGAGGGAUCAGGGCUGUGAACGUGAUUGUGCCAUGAUGCAGGCAGCUCUUCAUCAAUUUCCAUGGCAUACAGGUGACGACAGGCACAAGAGAAUACGCCAAGCUGCACAGUAGAAUACUUGUUUUGUCUUCUGUAUCCGUAAUUCUCAGAAGCCCACUGGCGAAUGGAGGAGCUUUCCCAACGAGCUGACGCGGGAGGCCGUGUGGGGCUUAGAGAUCAACAAGAUGUCGGACAACUACCCACCGAUCGAGCCAUCGCACAAUGCCGCGCUGCCAUGGGCGAGAUUCGUGCUGGGUGCGGCCGACUACACACCGCUCGCACUCGCCAAAAAUCGGCGAGGGCCCACCACAGUGGUGAGGGAGAGAGAAAGAAAUGGGCCACCAAGGCAGGCGCUGGGACGAUGCAUGUGCUUUGGUCUGUGCGUUGCCUUUCCUUCUGUCUGUCUGUCUGUCUGUCUGUCUUCAGGUGCAUCAGGUUGCCCUGCUGGUGUUGUUUGACUCGCCCCUUCAAACAAUCGCCGAGGACCCUUUCUACAUCCUCGACCCCAACAAGCCACACGCGGCCGCACUGGACGUCAUCAAGGCCAUCCCCACCACAUGGCAGCGCACACGCGCCGUGGCCCCCAGCAGCAUCGGCCGCCUGGCCGUCAUGGCACGCAAAACCAACGAAGGAGACGUCUGGUUUUUGGCGGCCAUCAACGGCCUCAGCGAGACGCAGACCGACAUAGAGAUUCCGGUGGACUUCCUGGACAGUGACAAGGUGUACGAUAUGGUGAUGGUCUACACUGUCGAGACAGGGGGGGUGGGGGAGGGGCAAUCGGUGAUGCGGGAAGAGCGCAGGUGGGACGUUGGGCAGCGGGGGGCACUCAAGGGUGUGCGGUUACUGGCGGGGGAUGGGAUCGUUGUCAUGUGGAGUCCUGUUGGUGGCAGCUGAGUGGUCAGUGUGCAAGGCCAGUUUUAGCUAGUGCACUUCUUGGUUGUAAUGAAUGGACACUUAGGGAGGCGUCCUUGGCUGGCACGCACUCGCUUUGUCGUUCAUUCAUUGUCAUUGGUGUCGCUGUCAUUCAUUGGUCUUGCUUUGGCUGUCGUUUUUCGCGAUGGAUGGUAGGUCGGCAUUUAUUCAUGUCUGCGUUGCUGUGUCUUUGCGAUAAGGCUCGUGUGGCUGCGUGGCACAUUUGUCGCUUGUGGAGAUUUAUCUCUUUCCGUGUUUCUUGUGUCCCAUGUCCGUGUCUCUCAUCUCGCAUCGUACAUGUGACCUAAUGUGACCCCCUCCCUGAAUGAAUGGAUGAAUGGACGAAUGAAGACACACUUGCAUGAAAGACAGUCGUCACUUAAUCCUUCGCUCGUGCC